AUGUCCAUGGACCUCGCAACCGACUUCCCCGACCUACAAAACCCGCCUGGUUUCGAAGGCAUCCGCGGUAUCCUGGUCGUCCCGCUGUGUCUUGGCGGCAACGAGUUCAUGGUCUUCCUCCGCGACGCGCAACCCACACUGGUCAAGCGAGCCAGCAAGCGCUCUAUAUUGACCCUGACCAGCGCGGCAAACAAGGCUGCAGAGCCCAUAUGCGAAAAGUGGAGCCCGGAUGAGAUCGAAGUCGCCUCGAUCCUGUGCCUGAUCUCAGAGAAAGCCAACCAGAUACACCGGCUGCAGCAGCGAACCACGCUCCACGGCGACACUAUGGCACAGCUGCUCCUCAGCAACGCGGCGCACGAGCUAUGCACGCAGCUCAACGCCGUCAUCAAUUAUCUCGAACUUGCGAGGGACUCACUGGGCCCAGAUAUUAGGUCCUAUCUGACUCGGUCCCAAUGCGAACUGCGUACGAGUGCGAGCCCGUCCUCAGUCUAAUACGUCUUGUCACUGCUGCUGCGAGUGCCUCCACUCCCUUGCCCCUGCAGACCACUGGCACCGCAAUCAUUGCUGUAGCUGAGACAAGCCGCAGAGCCCCAACUUCCAGAGCCGCGCGGCGUGUUGGAUUCAGGCGGCUUGGGUCAGCGCAGGGGCGUCAUCACAGUCGC